UUCAUCGUGAUAAAUAUAGAAAUCGGUUUUUGCAAAUUCAAAAAGCUCUUCAACCUACUAAAGAAGCACUUUCAUCUAUUCAGGAUAUCAAUACAAGAUGGAACUCAAUAUACUUGGUACUUAAAAGACUUAUUGUAUUAAGACAAGUAAUUAGAUCUAUGUACGAAGCAAUGAAAAAAGAUCAUGAUAAAGAAAUUCGUAAAGAUGGCAAUAUUUUAGCUAAAUUAGACUUAACAGAAGAUGAAUGGAAUUGUAUUACCGAAUUAGUAUCACUUCUUUGUCCAUUUGCAGAAGCUAUUAAGUUUUUAGGCGGCUCAACUUAUUCAACUUUAUCGAUUCUUUAUCCUACAAUUCAAAGUCUUUUCAAUCAUUUACAAUCAAAUAUUCAAUCUACAUAUCAACCUAUAAUUUUAAUUCGCGAAGCUAUUUUAAAAUCAAUGAAAAACCGAUGGUUAGAUUUUGAAGAUUUUGGACUUUUAGCAUUUCUAAUGGAUCCAAGAUUUAAAUCUCUUACCUUUAUCUCCCCUUCAAUUAAAGAAUGUAUACUUUCUUUUGUUCGCAACUUAAUAGAAGUAUCACCUCAACAAUCACCUUUAUUAAAUGAAACCAUAUCUCCUAUUUCAGUUCCAGCCGAAAGACUUUUUUCUAGUGCAGGUAAUACGCUUACUGAAAAACGAAAUCGCUUAGAUCCAACUACAGAUUCUGAUCUUUUGUUUCUGAAUCAAAAUUCAACUACUUUUACCGUUGUUCCUAAAUAA